AUGACUGCUGUGGCUCCUUUGGAGAUUCGGAUUUUUUCUGAUCUAGUAAGGAAGGAAAGAGUUGUUAAGGAAUAUGCAAAGACGAUUGGUAUAGGUGGUUGUUUCAACUGUGGUUUGCCUGGUCACAUUGCGAGAGAUUGCACUCGUGGGAAGAACCCGAAUGCGGGUCAGAGUCAAUACCAAGGGUGCGUAUUUGUUGUGAACGCCAAGGAUACUGCUAAGGCAAAUCCUCUUAUGAGAGGUAACUGUUUAAUUGGUGAUAAGAUCUUGGUUGCAUUGUAUGAUACUAGAGCUUCACAUUCAUUUAUUUCAUUUGCUAAAGUUGAGGAGCUAGGCUUGAAAAUGUCAGAAUUAGCAUUUGAAUUGCAUGUACAUACUCCGCAUCAGACGGGAGUGACUAGGUUAGGUUGUAGGCAACUAGGUUUCAAGCUUGAGGAUAGAGACUUUGUGCAUGAUUUGAUUUGUUUACCAGUGGUUAGGUUAGAGAUGAUUUUGGGGUUUGAUUGGUUGUCAAAGAAUCGAGUUUUGUUAGAUUGCUUUGAACGGUCAAUUCAGUUUAUGCCGGAAGGAGAAAAUAGAUCAGUGGUAGCUGAGGGUUAUUACCUGAACUCUGUAAUGGUGCACUGUAGUGGGAAAGAGUGUCAGGGUUAUAUACUGUUGGCUGCAAAUGCAUUAGGUGACAAUCAGAAGAUAGAUCAAAUCCCGGUAGUUAGAGACUUUCUGGAGGUAUUCCCGGAAGAUAUUCCUGAGUUCCCACCUCAAAGGUAG